GUUUCGUUGUUUCAUGUAAAUCAUCCUGAAUAUUGCUAUGGUGGCGCCAUAUGGGUGGGAAGGUAGGGAACUAAUGUUGUACGCAGCAACAUUGUGGGAGUCCAACGGCUGUAGUAACGGACGCUUUCAUUGGCUGUUACAUGAGGUGAGAAGAGCAUGACGAUUCCAUCAGCCAAUCACUGACUUCGUUUCUCAUUUGAGAAUCUCCGUCCCGUUAUAAGCUACAAAGGCAUGGUUGGGUAUGGUAGCCAUUUUACGCGAGUCCCUCGUUCCGUCUGAGCAGUAGUGCGUGUGUAGUCUUGCGGAGAAUAGAGUUUAAUCGUGUACCGGAAUGUUCUGUGGUUCGAAAUGAGUGAAUAAGUGUUUAGUGUUCCUGUCAGGUUGACACGGACCCACUACAUUAACCUAUCAUCCCACAUCACAACGUCGAGAUGACGUCGGCGAAGUCCAAGGAGAUAGCUGACGAGUAUAUCUCGUCGCUGUCUGACUUGACGAUCAACAGCAAGCCGCUCAUUAACAUGCUCACAAUGUUAGCAGAGGACAACGUCGAACAUGCUCCUGCGAUUGUCCAAGCCGUCGAGACCCACCUGCAAAAGGUGAGAAGCGACAUCAAGCUACCGGUUCUUUACCUCAUCGACUCGAUUGUCAAGAACGUUAACGGAGCCUAUCUAAACCUCUUCACGCAAAAUAUUGUCAAUACCUUUUGCGGUGUUUUCGAGAAGGUGGACGAGAACACGAGGGCCAGUAUGUGGAAAUUGCGACAGACUUGGAACGACGUUUUCCCGUCGAAGAAGCUGUUCUCUUUGGACGUGCGAGUGCAAAGUAUCGACCCUGCUUGGCCAAUCACGGCUUCUCCUACUGCCAUAUCUUCUGGGUCCAUACACGUAAAUCCGAGAUUUCUGUCAAUGCCGCAACCAACUACUCCGACGAUCGUACCGCCGAUUGUACCAGCCGUGAAGCUACCUCCUGGCGAUCCUGUGUCGACGACGGAGGCUGCAAUGAGGGAGCAACUGCUGAAGAAGCAGCGGGAGUUGUUGGAGUUGCAAAAGAAGAAGAUCGAGCUGGAAUUGCUUCAAGCGAAAGCCAGCUUGGAACAGCAGCAAAGACAACUGGACAAGCAAGCUGGGACUUUGAAAACGGAAGCGGCUUUACCAACAGUGCAGGUUCCGCCAUCAUUGGAGAAUGUACUUCAGGGAAAACCUGUUGCUCCUGUUGUGCCUAGUCAAGCGCCAAAACAGGUCCCUAAACAGUUUCCGGCUGCAACCGCAUCGCUGCUAAAAAACGCCGGGGGAAGUGCGGGCGGUACGCGAAUUGCUCCGGCAAGUAGCAUAGCCGUAGCAUCGGCUAGACCAGUAGUAUCGCGCGAUCCGCGACUGAAGUCAACGGCUCCAGUUCCGGAGCUGGGAACGGGAAACGUGGAUCCUCGACUCCGACAGGGAACGACUGGCCAAAAGGAUUCCAGAAUCGACGGCCAGACGCAACCAGUCCCUAACAUGAUCACUGUACUUUCAGACCAAUUAAAGCAGCAGUUAAUAUCGAAACAGGCUGUGACUAGCACUAUGAACAAGCCUUCGUCAAAUUUCGCCAGCUCAGAUACCUCGACGACAAAUGCUAGUAGUAAUAGUAAUGCUAAUGCGAAUCUUACUAGCUCGAGCACGAACAACAACACCAACAACAAUAAUAAAAGUUUCAGUGGUAACGCAAAUAAAGAUGCUGUCUCGCAUCGCACGAGCCAAAAGAAAGACCCCCGAUUGUCUAGUAAUAAUAGCGCUAAUCUAAACAGCAGUAGUACAAAGAGCGGUCAGGGUCAGUCGUCCGCGGGCGGCGGUAGCUCUUCGGCUUUGUCCGGGAGCGGUAGAGGAGCUGGAGGAAGCGGUGACUCCAAGUCGAAAGAUUCAAAGAGCUCAAGCUCGAGCUUGUCCUCGAGAGGCUCUUCGUCCUCGACCAAUGAGAAAUCCUCCGCUUCCUCGAAGUCCUCCCAUAGGAAACUAGGAAACAAAUCGCGGUCUAAGCAACCGCAAUCAUCGCCGAGCAAGAUGCCGAAGGUCGAGCGCGACUUCAGUCCUGCUAGGUCGAAAUCCCGCGAGAAGGACAGCGGCGAUAGUUCACCGUCCGUGCGUACCUCUCCUCAAUCCUCUCAAACAUCCAAGAACCGAAAGAAGAAUUCAAAAUCGAGAAAGCGCACCCCAAGUCCACCUUAUAGAAUCCCUCGGCGCAACGAGAACAAAUCCAUCUCCUCUUUGAGUAAUUCCGUUGGUCUUACCGAGGAGGAGCAAUCAGGUUCCUUGAUAGUAUCUCCUCCUCAUCCACCCACCUUCAAAGAGAUUAGACCCAACGCUCGACAAAGAAACUACGUGAGACGCAAUAAAGAAGGCAGCCACAGUCCGGAGCCAAAUGCGCCCGGUACAGUGCAGCUGACCCAGACUACUAUUUCUGAACCCAUCCUGGAUGCCUCCAGCAAGGACGAGGAUCUCAGGGCGACUAUACCAUUGGCCGGUGCUGCCAGUGCAAUCAACGUCUCAGAAAAGAAGGAAGAUUUGGAUCUUCGCGUGUUGCCAGCCGUUGGUGCCAACAAGAGACAGAGCACCGAGCAUCUGGAAUCUUCUGUAUCUAAGAAAACAAAGGCAGAGAAGUUCGAUGCUUUGUUUGGAAAUGAGGACGUCGACUUGCGAACCCUGACACAUCCUAAAGCUGGUAGACCUCCGACACCACCUCCACCCGUCAUAUCUGGCGAGGAUGGAAAAGAAGGGUGGGCGAAGCUGAAAACACCAUCGAAGGGUGAUCGAGAAAAACAAACAGGUGGUCCAGAUGAUAAGCGUGAACGAGAUCGUAACAGAGAUCGCCUUGGAAGGCCUCGAUUAUAUAAUAAAUUACCUGACGAUCCUAAGGAGAGGCGAAGAACUCUUUCGAGCGACGAUCAAGAUCCAAGAGGUGCUGGUCGUCGCGGUAGAGAUGAUAAACCAGAGAGAAAUGCGGAUAGGAAUAUUGAAAUUAUUAUGAAACAGGCUGCCGAGCAGUUGAAUCAGGGUUCUAUCACUAAGACACAAUAUAAUACACUGAUUCAGGAGGUUCUGCAGAUGAGCGAAGAUCAGAAAUUGAGGGCAGCUCAGCGAAAGGAAAAGGAAACCGGGUCGAUAGUUUGGGAAAAGGGUGUGAACAAUCUUGAUAUUAAUUUGACUCCUGAAAGAGCAACGUUCAGUCCGUCGAGCGAUGGAGAAGGUCACCGAGGUGGCAAAGAUAUGGCGUUAUCCAGGAAUCAGAACGGUCCCAGAUGGCAGAAUCAGCCAUGGCAGCAACCGGGACCGUGGGCGCAUCCGCCAGGUCCAGCAUUUUCUGGACCUCAGGGACAUUUUAAUUCAGACUAUCGACCAAUGGGUCCUUGGCAAGGACCAAGGCACUAUGGACCUCUCAGACCAGAAUAUAACCAGUAUCAUGGCGGUUUCAAUCAAAACAUGCCAAAUCCACGAUUGGGUCCAGGAAUGAUGGGUUCUAUGGGACCCAAUGGACCGAUGAUGUCAAAUAUGAUGACGAAUGGACCUAUUGGGCCAAUGGGCAUGUCUAAUUCUCCAAUUGCACCUGGAAUCGGAAUGGCGGGAAUGAAUGGACCAGGUUCAAUGAUCAUGAACAAUGGACCAAUCACGAGCAAUCCAAUGCCAAAUAUUAUGGCCAACUCUAACGUAGGAUCUCUUGGUUCUGGAACUACAGGAGGUAGAAAUAUAUCGCCAAGCACGAUGUCUAAAUAUGAUAACGAAGAUAAUGAAAACAGUUAUGGCGGAACGCUAGUCAAGAAUCAAGGACAAUGUAAUCGUGAAUUACCUCUACCGGAUCCUAAACUAUUGGAAGAGAUUUCUAAUGACUCCAUGAAAUCAAUAAACAUCGAUACUAUUCCAAGAGAGAUAAGAUACUAUGGGCAAACUGGUGUUGUCUUUAUGAGUUGGGACGAUCCAAGAGAAAUUGGUUUCCAGGAUGGCAUAAGGAGGGUUCUCAUCGACGACAAAGAUACCAUCACCUGCGCAUUUAAUGAUCCUUACAAGGAAUUCAUGUACGAGGGUGAAGUUCACAGAAUUCGACUAGGCGCACCGACGAGGGAAUUAUACAUUGAUGAUCGCUGGUAUGAAUGCUACUUUGGUGGACCAGCAAUUACAAUAGAAUUGGGAGACAAGAAAGUCAAUGUAAAGCUAGAGGGUCCACCACCUCAAGUCAAGAUAGGAACAGUCAAGAGAACUGAUCUUGUAGUCGGCAAGAUAAAUCUAAUUAUCAAUGCCAGGAAUAUGGUUCCUGUGUUCCUUGACGCUAAACCACAAAUAUUUGAAAUUGAAGGAAAGCCACAUACACUCGAAUUCAUAGACGCGUUGCAAACUGUACUUUUGAAUGGGCGACCGUUCAAAGUAGAAUUUGGAGGACUGCCCAAACCCAUCGUUGUCAGGGAUAAGAAGCAUUUCAUAAGGUUUUCUGUAUUGCCAAGAGGCGUGCGUGCUGGAUGCGUAAGAAUAGCUGGAAUGAGAGGGGAAGGUCCAAUUGAAUCGCCACCACCACCUCCUCAGGCAGUUAGCAAAUCUAAAAUGGAUGUUGUGUCAGUUGCACCGACGCUACCAGCUGUGGAACCUGAUACGACGUCACAAGAUGGAUCUGAUCUUGCUUCGACUCCAAAACCAGAUUUACAACUGGAUAUUUUGUCGUCAGUGCUGCCAUCUGCAAUGGCACCUUCUUCUGGACUUUCAUAUCAUGCAGAACCCACGGAAAGUUCUGCGGCACCGGCACCUGUAUUAUCCUUACCAUUGAAUAUGAACGAGCUAUUCCAAAGGCUCGUUGAGACCGGUAUAGUUCCUAAUGUAGCCGAACAAAAGAAACCGGAAGAAGAAGAAAAGAAGGAACCGGAAAUACUACCGGUGUCUUUCGACAAGCCAGAAACUCUUAAAAUUAAGCAGCCGGCUAUUGCAGCAACACUGUACAGUGGGAUGCAAUGUAGCUCUUGCGGUGCAAGGUUCGCACCUGAACUUGCAACUAGAUACAGUCACCAUCUUGACUGGCAUUUUAGACAAAACAGACGUGAAAGAGAUUCUGCCAGGAAGGCUCAUUCACGACCCUGGUAUUAUGAUGUCAGUGACUGGAUUCAGUUUGAAGAAAUUGAAGAUCUCGAAGAUAGAGCACAAAGUUGGUUCGAGACUGAAAAGCAGACUGCGGAGAGCGAAGGUGCUGCCGCCGAGGACUCUCCUCAGGAAACUGUGCAACCUAGUGUUCCUACGGGAUCUGAUGAGGAGUCGAGGUGUCAGGUCUGCCACGAUGCUUUCGAACAGUUCUACAACGAAGAAAAGGAGGAAUGGCAUUUGAGGCCAGCAGUCAACUUCGAAGGCAAGAAUUACCAUCCCCUGUGUCUGGAGGAUCAUAAGGAAAAGAAUCUUGUGCGAGUCCUGGAGAAGACGGCGUUGGCGCUUGACGAGACUCUGGCGGAGCUUGAGGACGAGAAGAAAGAGGAAACGCAAGUUAGUACAGAGGAAGCUAAGGAAGGGGAAGACGAGCAGGAGGAAUAUGAUCCCGAGCAGCCGAUAAAGGAUUCCGUAUUAGACGAGUCGAUGGAAACGUCAUGCGAAACGAGUGCGGAGACUCCUGUGGAAACAGAGAGUACCGAUCAGUCCAAAAAGACAGAGGAUGAUGAACUGCAAGAUGAAGUUGAAAGAGAUAAAGACGAAGCAGAAACGCAGUCGGCGAAUGAAAGUGCAGAGCUGUCAGAACCUAACAAAGAGGGAUCGGAAACGUCGGUUCAAGAGGAAAAAGAAAAAACGGAGGAGACGGAGAUCGAGUCUUUUGAGAAUAUUAAAAUUAAAGAAGAACCCAUCGACGCGGAUGACUUUCCCCAAGGUCAGGAUGAGGAGCAGCUGGAGUUUGCCAACUUAGAAAUAAAGGAAGAACCCCUCGAUCCGGAGCCCGAGCCGGAUGAGAGCGUAGUCAGUGAACCAGCAAUGGUUGACACGACCCAUGCUGCCAUGAAGAGUUCAAUCGAUGGUAACGUCGAAUUGGAAUCAGCACCAACGUCCAUUCCUGCGGCGCCAUCCCGGAUAAAGAUCAACAUAACGAAACCCUUGAACACAAGCAGUAACAAGGAAAGCGAAGAACCAAAGGAGAAGCCACAAACAGAGACCCCCCACGAGGAGAAUCCUGAACCGUUGCAUCCAGCAUCGAUAAAACCCAGUUUGCAGGGAAGAAAAUUGUCGACCUUGCCCCCAGUGGAUAAAGGACACGAGCUGUCCGGACUCUGCUCCAUCAUGUAAAUAGUAUUAUACAAAGUGGUCGAUGAUUAAUUUAAGAACGACGUGACCGGGCUCCUAGGGAAGCAUCACUGACUUUUCAUUUCUGUCUAGAUAUAGUUAGAUACUAAGACUCUGUGCACGCAACAUUUACGUGACUUUCUGUACAGCCUUUACGACAUAACGAAGGACGGCUAGAAUUAUUUUUUUCUCUUUCACGUACUGGAUCUUCGUGGUUAGUUUGUUCGCUUACUGGCAGUCGUAUGAGCAAUUUCUCAUUUACCGAAUUAACGUUUCAAAUAAUUGCUACAUUGAUAAUUGUGGAUUGGGCGAGGAAGAAGACUUUUUUCAUUUCAUGUUUGUCUUUUGAUUUCGUUUUUUUUUUUUAAAGAUUUUUUGUUACUAGCGUGUCAGUCGCAAUGUCGUGUCGGCUAGUAGGUCCUUGGGCAACUUGUAAAGAGAGAAAAGGUAAAUGAGUGAGCGCUGAUUUAAAGAAUAUUGGCGCGUAAAUAUGUCACAAGGUCGUAAAUUGGCGAAAUCUGUAUAUAUUAGUUGUAGACUAGCUGCUAGAAUCUAACGUAGCUCUCGAGAAUAACGUGAACUGGCAUUCCUCGUAGUAUCGCGUGCAGUCGAGUAUGAGUCGUGACAACUAAUUGAAAUAGUUGACGAACGAAUCGAUACCUACGACUCGCACAAAGGACAUAGAGAUUUCAUACCGUUUAUAAUACUUUGUAAAAGAUAUGAGGAAGAGUUGUGAAAAGUAUAGUUGAGGAUACUUUUUGAGUUUUUACAAAUCAUGAUACUUAUUUUGUUUUUACGUCAACUCUAGACUGAAGAAGAUAGCUUGAGAGAAGCGAAUGUGGUGCCUGCAGAAGCACAUUCAUUGAAGAUCAAUGAGAGAUAGUCUCGUCUUCAGUUGUUAAAAGUGUACAAAAUGUGUGAUAUAUGGUUAUCUAUUUUAAUGUACAUACAUCCGGCGACAAUACCGCUCGCAGAUAAUAACGGAUAAGCGAAAUUACUAUAGAAAAUCAUUAUUUUGUUGUAUAAAAAGAAACACUUGUUGAUCA